CCCCAAAUCAAAAGAAAGAACGUGCUGACGGUGCCAAGAAGACUGUCAGAGAGUGACGCUGGUAUAUGAGUAAAAGAGGCUCAUAAUUGCAGAUGGAUGAGCAUUGCUCCUGAGCAUUUAAUUUAGCAAUUGGUGAAUAUUUAAAAAAUGGAGGAGGAGUCUGAACCAACAGAAAUCAUAAGAGCUCCACUGAGCUAUGAAAAACCUGGCUAUGAGAAAGAUUUACUCUUUGGUCUUUGUAAAUUGCGCAAAGAAAAGCAGCUUUGUGAUGCCUGCCUUGUGGUGGGGGCCCAUGAUUAUCCAGUACAUCGUGCAGUCCUUGCUUCAGCUAGUCCUUUUUUCCUGAACAUGUUUGAGACAAAGGAAAAGGAGAUCACCUUUGUUCUGAAAGAUGUGGAGGACCAUCAGAGUUUUGAGUAUUUACUUGAUUACACCUAUACAGGAAGACUUGAUGUACCAGAGGAAAGUGUCAAGCCUGUCUAUAGAAUGGCCACUUUCCUGAAACUGAAGGAUGCAGCAACUGCCUGUUGCAGUUUCCUGGCAGCCAGUCUGACAAGUGAUAACUGCCUAGGAAUACGCAAGUUUGCAGAAGAUGUAGAAUUGCGAAAAACCAUUGAUGACUUCAUACAGAGGAACAUUAUGGCUGUCACAAGCAACAAGAAGUUUUAUGGUUUACCUCAGAUACCAGUUGAAAUAACAGGAGCUGACCAGGAUUUAUUAGAAUCUAGUAAUGACAAGCAUAUGUUUGAGUUAGUUCUGGCCUGGGCAAGAGAAAAUAUUGAUCCAAGGAAACCAAGAAUUGAAGAUCUGACAGAACAAGUGAAUGUUCUGAAUUUAAAUACUGACAACAGUUUAACAGAUUUCAAGGAUGUCAGUGAUGAGGUAGUGAAAGAUCAAGAUGGUAUUGUACAGGAUUACAAAAAGAACAAGAAGAAGAUGAUUGCCACAAAAACAAAGGAGGGAACAGACAUGCAUAUUUCAAAUGGCAGCAUUGGACAAGUCAGAAAGUUUAGUAUUAACCCAAGUGGACCUGUUUCAAGGAAAGAGUGGAGUAUCAUUGCAACGCAUCAAAUGAAAGAUAAAUCAUACCUGGCACUAGCUAUGUUAAAUGGUGUGAUGGCAGCUAUUUCUGUUCACUACCGAGCUCCAUCUGCUCGAAGUGGCAGUACCAGUCCAGAUGAACCAGACUCACCAGUUACUGGUUCAGUGACUCCCAACAAGUUCUUUGACAGUAGGUCCUCUCUCACACCCUUGGCAGUGAUGAGUACAGCUCGCUGCGCAUUUGGCUUGGAGGUUUUAGAUAAGCAGCUAGUUGCAUGUGGUGGAUAUGACCGUUCGGAAUGUCUUAGAACAUCUGAGAGAUUUGAUUCUAACAACAAUAAAUGGAUUCCACUAGCAGACAUGACAGUGCCAAGAGGACGAUUCAAUGUCACUUCCGUAAGAGGUUUCAUCUAUGCAGUUGGGGGGUCAGAUGGAUUUAGGGAGCAAAGUGCAUUGGAAUACUAUGAUCCAGAAAAAAAGAUGUGGAUAACUCGUGGAGAAGUACGAAAUGCCAAAGUUUCUCAAGGAUUGGCUUCAUUGCAUGAAAAACUGUACUGCAUUGGAGGAUGUUUGGGACAAAAGAGUUCUAAUGAGUGCCAUGUGUAUGACCCCAAAACCAAUGAAUGGGAUACAAUAGCUCCUCUGAAUACAGCAAGGUACCAGGCAGCUGUGUGUACAUUCAUGGGGAAGAUUUAUGUUAUUGGUGGUACCGAUGCAUGGAUUUGCUUAAAUUCAGUGGAGAUCUAUGAUCCAGAGGUGAAAAAAUGGCAGUUUGGUCCAAAGCUGAGCAUUCCACGACGUGGAGCGGGUUGUGAUGUUUUUAAUGGCACUAUAUACCUGACAGGAGGCAGUGAUGGGUCACAGUCUCUCAAGUCCACUGAGAUCUUGACCCCUGACCGAGGCUGGGUAAUGGGUCCAUCACUAAGCAUUCCUCGAGCUAAUGUGGGGGUGGUAACCUGUGAUAAGCGCUUGUUUGCUGUAGGAGGGUUUAGUGGAAAAAAGUUUCUGGACAGUAUGGAGUUCCUAUCUGACAAACAUGAAGAAUGGUGCUGUUAUCUUCCAGUGGAAAAUUCAGUAAUUGCAGAGAAAAUGGCAAAGCGCAACUCAGAAGGAAGAUUAGAAAAAUUGGAUCAGAAUUCCAACUGUGAAAAGACCUUAACCAACAUUCCAUGUGAUGCAAGUGUAAAUGACCAUUAACAAAAAUUGUCAGGUUAUAUUUGAGGAUUCUGGGCCACGUUUAACAAAAGAACUAAUAUGACUAGGAUCGAUAUUUUAGUUGGUUUUAGCAAAUUGUGUACUCAGUAUUUAAGAUAAAAACAACUUUAAAAAUAUAUUUCUAAAUUCUUAAAAAAUUAGUUAUUUAACAUUAAUUUUAAGAAGACAAUAAUUUGCAAAAACAUAUUUUGGUUUUAGUCAUAAGUUCUUUUGUAAAAGAGGGCCCUGGUACUUAACUAUUGGAAGUUGUAAGGGGUUUAUGAUUAUUAAUGUUUCUGAAAUGUAAAUAAAAAUGAAUUUUAAGUUUA